AUGUACAAUACUUCGGAAAUUGAGCUCACUUUUAAUAAGAGGGAGGAUAUUUCCGAAGUUAUCAAUGGCACUCUGCAGCUUUUCUACAACGUCCUCGUCAACAUCAGUCCCACAGCCAUGUGGAACGAGUCGUGCGGGGAGCAGCUGCAGGAUUUCGGGCACCCGGAGAAGAUCAUGAUCGGGGUGAUGCUGGCGAUCAUCACGGCGGUCACCGUCAUGGGGAACACGCUCGUGGUGAUCGCUGUGUGCGUGGUGAAGAAACUGAGACAACCUUCAAACUACCUUCUGGUAUCUCUCGCCGUGGCGGACCUGUCGGUGGCCAUAGUUGUGAUGCCUUUUGUAAUAGUGACCGACCUGACUGGGGGCAAGUGGCUUUUUGGAGAGGUGUUCUGUAACAUCUUCAUCGGCAUGGAUGUAAUGUGCUGCACUGCCUCCAUCAUGACCUUGUGUGUUAUCAGCGUCGAUAGAUAUCUGGGGAUCACGCGGCCUCUCACCUACCCAGCCCGGCAGAACGGUCAGCUAAUGGCAAAGAUGAUCCUGGGAGUGUGGCUGGCGUCAGCAUCCAUCACCCUGCCACCUUUCUGUGGCUGGGCCAAAAACGUCCACACAGCCGGUGUGUGCCUCAUUAGCCAAGACUUUGGCUACACCAUCUAUUCCACAGCUGUAGCCUUCUACAUCCCCAUGCUGGUCAUGCUGGUCAUGUACUAUAAGAUCUUCAAGGCAGCGCGCAAGAGCGGCGCCAAGCACCGCUUCACCGACCUUUCACGCCGCGGCCGCCUCGCAACAGUAACCAACGAGGCGCUGCGAAUGCAGGGCCUAAAGCCGCCCGGUGUGGUGGAGGAGUGCGCAGCCUUUUCCCGCCUGCUGAACCGCGAGCGCAGGAACAUCUCCAUCUUCAAGCGGGAGCAGAAAGCGGCGACAACGCUGGGGGUGAUCGUGGGGGUGUUCGCCGUGUGCUGGCUGCCGUUCUUCAUCCUGUCCACCGCCAGGCCCUUCAUCUGUGGAGUGGAGUGUAGCUGCGUGCCCAUCUGGCUGGAGCGCACGCUGCUCUGGUUAGGCUACGCCAACUCCUUAAUGAACCCCUUCAUCUACGCCUUCUUCAACCGAGACCUGCGCUCCACUUAUCGCGACCUUCUCCGCUGUCGUUAUCGCAACAUCAACCGCAGACUAUCUGCUGUGGGCGUGCAUGAAGCUCUGAAGGUUUAA